UUUGAAGGAACCCCUCCCGAAAAACUUGCAAAGUUUUGCAUUCACAAAUAUUUAUUUUCGUCUUGAGCUAUUUUAAUCAUAGCUUGGUUUUCGGAAUCUUAGGCGAGGAACGAAAAUAAAAAUGGCGUUCUUAGCCACAAGGUUGAUUAGUAAAGAAGUAAGAGAGCUGGAUGACAAGGAUAUUGAUGAUUUGUUAGCUUCUCUUACUGCUGAAGAACUCGAACAACUCAGCAAUGAAGUAGAUCCUGAUGAUUCACUACUUCCUCCUUCACAACGAUGUAAAGAUCAAACAAAGAAGGCUCCUACUGGACCUUUAAAUAGAAAAAAGCUGUUGGAUUAUUUAGAAAGAACAGCAAGAGAACAAGCUGAUUGGCCUGAAGCAAAACCUUAUGAACCUGGGACGAAACGAGGCAAAAUAUGGAAACCAAAGGAAGUGCCAAAACCUAAAACUGAUGAUUUGCAGAUUGAAUUGGAUCUUGAUGAUGAAUAUGAACAAGCUCUAGAUACUGCUGAAGAAGCUGAACUAGUAGAUUUAGCUGCUAUUCUUGGUCUGCAUAGCAUGCUUAAUCAAGAUCAGUUUCAUGCUUCUAUUUUGAACAAAGGUCAAAAGAUUGGAGACAGAUUUGAAAGUAUUGUACAUGCUACAAAGCCAAAAGUUUUGCCAUUAGAACCUGAUAAUGAUACAGAUGUGGACAAAACUCUUGAACAAGUUUGCAAUAAUGAUCCUUCUCUGAAGAAGCUGAACUGGAAUAAUAUUAGGAAUAUAUCCAGAGAGAAAAUGAAGAGACUUUUUGAAGGAUUGAAAACCAACACACAUUUGGAAUACUUAAGUUUGGCUAAUACAGAUCUGUAUGAUGUUUCAGCUGAGGUUUUAGUUGAAGCAUUGAAACAAAAUAAGUCCUUAAUCUCUUUGAACGUGGAGUCUAAUUAUUUGACUGGGAGUAUGAUCCGUGACUUGAUCGAUGCUUUGUUGACAAAUCAAACUGUUUUGGAAUUCAGGGCUGCUAAUCAAAGCCCUUCUAUUCUUGGCAAUAAAAUAGAAAUGGAAAUAACAAAGCUGGUUGAAGAAAACAAGACUUUACUAAGGUUAGGUUUGUGUUUUGAUGUUCCAGAUGCUAGAGUUAGGAUUACAGAACACUUACAGAAAAAUAAUGAUAGAAUUCGUCUGAGACGUAUCGGUUGUGAGCCUUGAAUACUUUAUCUGAAGGGAAAACAUGUCUCUAUCUCUAAGCCAUAGUAUUAGAAAAGAACUAUGAACUGACUUGUGUGCUUUGUGUUGUGUUAUGUAUCCCUUCUGUAUUAUUGUUUCAAAUGGAGUAUUUUAGUAUUGUAAGAUAUAUUUUUGCAAUGAUAGAAAUUGGUGUUUUAAGUUUUCAAGUUUGUGACUUUUUUUUUUUUUUUUUUUUUUUUUUUUUGAUGUUGUGUUACAUGUCUUGUCUGAGAGUCAUUUAAAACUCUUUGACCAUGAGUAUCUUAUCUUUGAAAGUUUAAAAAAUUCAUGUUUUUUUUUGUUUAAAAUGUAGUAUGCCUCCCCCCCCCUUUUUUUUUUUGUAUUUCAAUUUUUAUAAUCAGUAUAAGUAUGGCUUGUUUCACCUAUUUGAUCCUUUUUUGCAUUUACAUAGUUUGAUAUAAGCGAUUAUAUUAUUUCCUUUUGUUUUCUGAUAUAUAUUUUAGUACAUUUAAAGAUCUGAAAUAUUUUGAAAAUUAAAAAACAGAUUUUUUUUUUUCUCGUUAUAGUUUUGUGGUAUUUUUAAGUAUAAAAUUCUUAGUUAAAAGUAAUACUUAAAAUAAAUAUUAUUGUAAAUCUUGAUUUAAUAUAUAUAUUUUUUUUAACUGGCUAGCAAAGCCUUGAGUUACUUAUAGAAUUUCUUUUGAAUUAUUUGUAAAGAUUAUUCAUGUUUGUAAACAUUCAUUUGAUGGGUUGCUUUUUGAAAUUAUAUGCUUCAAACAGAUGCUUUGCUGUUUGUGUUUCUACCGGUGAUAUUAUGAACAUGUAUGCAUUUUAUUUUAUUGCAUGACAUUUUAAAAUCUAGCAUAAUGUCCUCAAGAAUAUUUAAAAAAAUAUUGCAACAUAAUUUUUUCUAAGAUUUUGGGUAUUUAAUAUUUAAAUAUA